CGAAAUUUUCAAUUAAGAUGACACGAUAACGUUUGGGCGAUCAGCGCUAUAAAACAACCACCUAUCUCCCCCAGGAAGGACACUUACACUGUGCUGUGUGUCGUUGGAGCUCGUUGUCAUCUGUCGCGCAGUACUUCGCCGUUGAACCAUGAAGGGUAUCGCUCUAGUCCUACUGGCCCUGGUGGUGGCCAUUUCGGCGCGCUGCGUUCGGGACAACACGGAUGGACAGCCCGGGUGCAAGAAGCAGGAGGAAGUGAGCCAGGGUCUGUGGCGUCACAAUCACGAUCCCACCGCCUAUUGGGAGUGCGAGAAGGUGAACCAGCCGGCCGUUCUGCGACGAUGCGUCAGUGAUUCCGCUUUCCACCCGACGCUGCUGGACUGUGUCAGCUGGGACGAAUGGGAGUGGCAACCGACCUGUGCGCCCCUUUCCCGACCGGACAACUGAUCGACAACGCUUUGGACUUGAACACGAACUUGGAUAGUUUUAGGACUUUUGUUAAGGUUCGCGAGGUUGUAAGUUUGCCAAGACUUCAGGAAGAAGGUUACUGAGUUGAUACGGACGCUACUGUGAUACUGUAUCGAACCAACUACGAAAAGAGCCACAGAAAUCAGUUUGAAGAGGUUGUUCCCCUUUAAUUUAAUUCAUAAAUAAAGUAAAUUGAAAUGUUCUUCUGAA